AAGGAGGAAGAUUCUCGGCCGGUAAAAUCCCCCAGUCAGUUGUUUAUUCUCAAAAUCAGUCUCCAUUCAAACUUGUCCAUCAAAUAAAAACAAAUUCCCCUCCAAAUUCCACUUUAUUUUCCCACCUUUUGUCAACGUUUCCCUCGUUUCGCCGGAAAAUGCAUCCCCUUUUUUGCCACCCAUAAUCACCCUAACCCUCGAAAAUUUCUAACUUUGAUCUCGAACACGGACAUGGAGAUAUCUCUGAUUUCCGAUUCAGUAACAACAAUAGCUUCAAUUCAAAGCCUAGGGCCGGCUAAAUACCUUAUUCAUCGCCGUAAUUUAACAUCCAACAACGUUAUAUCUAUCUCCGAUUCCUUAUCGGAACAACAACUUUCUUCCACGAUUAUCUCUGCCGUGAUUUUCCCGGUCGACGCCGUGGCACCACCGCCAGUGAAACCCAGUCAUCUCAGAACUGCUCCUCGAACCCUUCUACGCAAGAGGAGACGCACCAAGCGAAGAUCUUUGACCGAUGGGGGAGAUGAGGAUGAUGGAGAUUAUGGGUUUUUUGGUGACGCCAGCGAUGGCGGCGGUUUUGGGAAUGGUCCUUUUGGUGGCGGCGGUGGUAGAGGAUGGAAUUUUGAUAGAUUUGGUGGGUCAAAUUGGGAAGAAUGGUCAUCGAAUUCGUUUUCCGAUCCGGCUUUCGAUUUUGUGUACGAGGUGUUGUGUUGGAUUGUGCUUUCAAAUUGUUUGCAUUUUGCGUUCAAGAAGGUGGUGAGGAUUGUGGCUGAUGGGAUUGGUGAUCCGGCGAGAGAGAAGGUUGCGAUGAGAAUCACACCAAUUUGCUAAAUUGGUAACGUGGUAUUGUUCUAUCUCGACUACCCGAAUAAUGUUUUGAAAAGAAUGGGGGAUAAUUGGCUAUUUAGGAUUACAUGCCUCUUGAUUUUAAUUUGUUUUGGUUGGGGGGAGGGAGGGGGUUUCAUAAUAUUUUCAUUGACAAUUCAAUGUAAAUAAUUGCAUAUAUUUUCAUUUCGUCAUCUGAUUUCUACUUGUAAAUAUGAUACUUUGG